UUUCCUCCAUUUGAUUGCAAUAUAUUCUUCACCCCUAUAAAAAUUCACUUUGUGAAAAAAAACAGAAAAGCGGGGGAAAAAAUGGCGACGGCGACCACCCAGAAAUCAAUCUCAAAGGAACUAGAACUGGUCGAUGGAAAAAAGGCCAAACUUAAAUCAGCAUUCGAAGAGCUUCAAGCCCAUUAUUCUGUCACCAAUCUCAAAUGGGAAGACUUAGAUUCGUACUUCACCUCCCUCCAGUCCCACCUCCUCCACAAGUUCUCCCGCCUCCAAUCCCAAAAACCCGACCCGAAACCCCUGUCCCACCCACAGCCCCAGCAGCCCAAACAGAAAGAAACUCCAGCCAAGGAUUUGUCGAACCCAGUUCCGGCUCGGGCUGAAUUGAAGUCUUUCUGUGAGAAUAUGGAUGGGUUAGGGUUGAGAAAUUAUAUACUCGACCGCCCCAGAGAACGGGCUGCUAUUCGGGUCGAAUUGGCGGACGCUUGGAAGUACGCGCCGGACCCAGCUAAAUUGGUUGUCGAUGCCAUGCAGGGGUUGGUUGCGGAUGAUUCGGGUUCGGGUACGAGUGUGGACUUGGGUGGGUUGAGGAGGGUGGGCGUGGUUUUGUUAGAGGAGUUGAUGAGGGCUAAAGUGGAGAUUAGGGACGGGGUUAAGGAGAAGGCGAAGGCGAUAGCGGCUGAGUGGAAGGGGAAAUUGGCUGCCGCCAGUAGUGGUAGUGGUAGUGGUGGUGAUGGUGGAGGUGAGGAGGAUGGAUUGGAAAAGUUGUGUUUUUUGCAUAUGUUGGCUGCAUUUGGGUUAGUGGAGAAUGAUGGUUUUGACUUGAAUGAGCUGGUUGAGUAUGCUGCUGUAAUCGCGAGGUAUCGACAGGUUGUGGAGUUGUGUCGUGCCCUUAAGUUUGGCGAUAAGAUUUCUGACAUAAUUCAGAAACUUAUUGGCGAGGGCAAACAUCUUUUGGCUGUUAAGUUCGUAUUCCAAUUUGAGAUGACGGACAGGUUCCCACCGGUGCCUUUGCUGAAAACCUAUGUAUUAGAUUCAAAGAAACUUGCUCAGAAAGUUCGCAAGGAUGGAAAGAGUUCUCGUCAAUCUUUAAAUGAGGCAGCUGCAAAAGAAAUUAGCUCGCUCAAAUCAGUCAUUAGAAUUAUUGAAGAUCACAAUUUGGAAUCUCAGUAUUCAAAGGACAUCCUUCUGAAGCGUGUUGAGAAGCUAGAAAAAGAAAGGACAAGUAAGAAGCGACCUGCACCUGUCCCUGCAGUCAAAGCUCAACAACAGAAGCCCAAUGUAGGUAAGCAGAGUAGGAAGAUUGGAGCUGCUGGCAGGUCUACAUUCCAAAAGAAUGUUGCUACCUAUCCAACUGUUCCAACAGUCCAACAACCUCAUAUGCAGAUGGCAGGUUUAUUGGCAGAUCCAUACCUCAGUACAUCUGCAGCAGCCUAUGGCUUGGCAGGCUCAACUCCUGCUGUUGCCCCAUAUGGAGGCACAUCUGCUGGCAUUUAUGGGUUGCCAGGGACCCAUAUAGACCCUUCUGUAGCCGGUCUAUACCCUUCUGAAACCUCCACGCGACCUAGUUACUAUGAUAGGUCAGUUGUUUAUGGUGGAUAUGGUUUCCCACCUCAGUACCAUCAAGCUUACUAUCCUCAGUAGUUUGCUUUUAUAGAUGGUCUCUUAAUUUCCCCUGAUUUUCUCCUGUGGUUAGCACAAAAGCAUACUGCUUUUGGUGACCAGCAUUUAGCAGAUACUAUACUUGGUUCUGGAAAGUUACUGAUAUGUCAGUGAUGGGUGGUACCCCUGAAUUAAUUUUCAGGUGUACAUCCUUUUGGCAUUUAAGAGAUCACUUACCGAUGAUCAGUGAUGCCUACCAUAUUCCCAAACUAUCUUCCAGUUCCGAUCCUUUUAGGCCACAAUCAUGUAGUUUCAUUUGCAUCCUGUGUGGCAUAAGCACAUAGUUCAUUCCCAUUCUUUUUCCCAUAAUCAUGUGGUUUCACGUUGAAAUUUGCUAAAAGAGAUUUCUGGGGUUAACCACCAUUGGAAACUGUUCCAGUUAAAUAUGUCCUUGUACCUUAAUUACAGUUUUCAUUUAGUCAGAAUAGGUCAAACCUUUUUUUAAUAGUAUUUUGUUCCUUUCUCUUAUUUCUGUUGAAACGUGCAGCUAAUUUGUUUUGUUAAUCCUGAUUAAGAUAUCAUAAUAAUCCUGCCUCUCAGAACUUAAGAAUAUAAGCAUGCCAGGAAUUCUGUAUUUACCACAUGGAUUGAAGUUGCAAAUUUAAGUGGCCCGUUAUUUUGUGUUCAUGAGUUUAUUUUUUACUAGGCUAGUUAAAUGGGCUAGUUAUUUUUAGUCUGAAGCUUGUAACGCUAUGUAUUGGUACUGCAUCUUAUCAUUAGAACUGAGUACUCUUUUUAAUGCUCAGUGAGUGCAAGGUCAAAUUUUUCUUCAAUCGAUGUUAGAUGUAUCUGCAAGCGCUGGUGCGGAACAUCCAUGGUUGAUUUUUUUACCAUCGACAGGCCUUUGUACAUAAGUUUCCUUUUAGUGAUGUAGCCUUUCACGUUAGAAAUACAUUUUCAUCCUAGUGACAUUAAGCUUUCAUCAUUGUCUUGUCCUAAAUGAGAAUCCUAGUGUCCAUGACAUAAUUACUUGUGUAGCAAAACCAAUUGUUUUGCUGCCUUAUAUGCAUGGGCAAACUUUUAAGUGGAAUGCUUCUCCAUGAUGGGGAAGCUACUAGGCUGUGGGUCUUGUAGUUGGCUGAUAUGUUGACAUGACUAAUUGUUGAUUGGGAACUUUUUGUGGAGGAUAUCAUGACCGAAAGUGGACAAAUUCUUGAUCCUGUUUGUUUUGGAUAUUGAGAGCACAUAUUUAGGGUGUGCGUAACGGGUGCCAUUUGCAGUGGAGCUAAGGUUGUGAUGCUGACUUGCUUCGGGCCUUGAGAGUAGUUAUAUUUGGCCGCCAACCUCGUUGUGUUGAACAUCUCUAAUAAAGUCUUGUCCAUUCUGACAAACUUUUAUCAGGAAAUGGUGCAGAAGCCUUCUGCAAAUCCAGAUUCCACAGACCCUGAGAUGGAUAGGAUCUUCUUCCUGUCCAGUCAAGCCCAAGCCCAAGCCCCCCAACACCCCCCAAAAACACCCUUCCUCUCUCUCUCUCUCUCUCUAACACACACACACACACACACACAGAUAUGCAUGCAUUUAAAAUUUUAUUGACAGAAUAGUACUUGCUCUCCUCUGUCUAUUUGUAAACUCUAAAGAUGUGGAUUCAAACUGUGAAGUUUAUGAGAGCUGGGGUGUAAUUAUUUCAACUGUCUGAUUUUAAGUCUAUUUUAUUGGC